UCAGGGAUGACUUCAAUACUAAAUAACUUUGGUUCGCUAUUAUGAUUGCACGGGUUGCUAUUGUAGGCGCAGGCCGUGUUGGGACUACCCUCACGCGUGCUUUAGUUGAAGCCCAGUAUGAUGUUGUCUCAGUCAUGUCACGGACGCUGGGCUCGGCACAGAAGGCUGUAAAUACAGCAAAUGAGAAUAAUUCCACCGCCGUAGACAAGAUAGCAGAUAUUGCAGCGUCGGAUAUAGUAUUCCUGACGGUACCAGAUGAACUGAUCAAAGCAACAGCACGCGAAAUCAUGGAGAGCGCGGUGGAUACCAAGGCUAUCUGUCAUUGUUCUGGUGCCAAAUCCAGCGCCGAGUUACAAUUUGCUGCCGACGCUGGAAUGCGCGUCGCAUCUAUGCACCCGCUGCAGUCGUUCGCCGACCCAGGUACCGCUAUGGCCAAUUUACCGGGUACGUAUUGGGCCCUAGAGGGGGUGGAAGGGUUGACGGAUGAACUACAGACUAUGAUACAACGGUUGCAAGGAAUUUGCCUACCAAUCAAGCGAGAUCAGAAAGUGGCAUACCACGCAGGUGCUGUACUGGCAUGCAACUAUCUGUACACCUUGGAAUCGAUAGCAACAAAAGUCAUGUCACAGUCAGGAAUACCACCGGAGGACUGUCUGAAAGCCCUCAUGCCGUUGCUGCAAGGGACCCUGAAUAACAUGGGCUCCGUAGGCCUGCCCCAGGCUCUGUCGGGACCCAUCUCAAGAGGUGACAUACACACCGUCGAGCAGCAUUUAAGCAACCUCUCAAGUAUAAGCUCGCCUGAACGUGCAAGAGAAGUCUACUCUCUCAUGGGCAUGGAGGCCAUUGACAUGGCAACUAAGCAAAUAACAGGUAUCGAUUCAGACACCGCUGAGCGGUUGCGUUCCUUACUGGACCCGCAGAAGAAGUAUUCGAAUCAAUAAACUAUGCCAACA